AUGGGCGAGUUGCAGGGAGCGCAGAACGUCCGGGACUCGAGGGACCCAGAUUCUGCAGACGCAGACAGCCCAGUCUUUGGCGAAGGAGCAGACGAAGCGGUCCAUGUACCCCCGUUGACAGACGCUAAAUACGAUGCGCGAGAAACACAGAUGCCAUUUGUGCCCGCCGAGAGACCGACUUUGUGUACGAAGCGACCGCCGCCGCAUCAGUCUGCAGAUAUCCAGGACUGCGCAAGCAACCGAAUCGCAAGUGACGCCCCGAGUAAAGCGUUGGCGUCGGAACAGGAGACGGAGUUUUCUUCAUCCAAUGCGUCAGGUGGGGCUUCGAAAGAGCUCGGGGAGAACACGAACGCAAACGGAGAAUCCGCUGUGACAGACAUGAUGUAUCGCUCGAGUCGAACGGGUAGAGAUGCUUUGCCGGCUGUGGCGUCACAGCUACCUCGUCGAAAACGUGGCCGUCCGCGCAAGGAGGAACUUCUGGCACGAAAACUGCGACCUGGAGGCGAACCCGGCUACCCGGAUGGAACAGCGAGUCACACGCGAUGGCGGACCAGCGCCUCAGCGGUGGAUAUCCCACGGACGGUGCACAUCAUGUAUGACUACCCCGAGCCGAAAAGCCGUUCCAUUGACCAGUCUCGGUUGGAUUCUCUUGCGCAGGCUACCGCUGCCAAAGCGCUGGCAUCAUUGGCUCAUGGGAGAACGACCACGAAGAGUUUACCCGCAGUGAGCAUCGGCGAGCCAUGUCCGGCAGGUACUGCAUUACGCGUUUUACCCCUGCUUCGAAGAGCAGGGCAGGGUACCACCUUUUUCGCUGACGGAAGCGUUGGCGCUCUGUCAGCCGAACAGUCUGCGCCCGCAAUCGAGCAGAGGAAAAUGUCCGAUCAAGUUGUAGAGCUGGUGUCGAAAAGUGCAGCUCCAAGCAACCCGCGAUCGCCCGAGAAAUCUUAG